AUUUACAGACAGAGAACUAACUAACAUGCAUUUUGUGUACGGGAUUUACAAAGGCAGUUCAUUGGCAUCCGUAAGAGAAUAUCAAAGAAGAUUCCCCAAUCGCAUAGUACCUGGACGUCGAAUGUUUACUGAUAUUCACCGGAAUUUGUCAAACCAUGGAAGUUUUCAGCGCAUGCAGGGCUCAGGAAGGCCACUGGGAAAUCAUCGUAUUCAUAUUGCUUCAAAUGUUUGGAAAUAAUCCGCAAAUCAGCAUUCGACAUGUUUCAGAAAUUAUGGAUAUACCUCGAUCAAUAAUAGGAAGAAUGACAAGAAUGAAAGGAUUACAUCCUUAUCAUUUUAAACGGGUGCAGCAUUUAACAGAGGCAGAUUUUUUACCACGAAUCGAGUUUUGCCAGUGGAUAUUAGCAAAUGAAAACACUAUUCCUAGAAUAUUAUGGUCGGAUGAUUCAAUAUUUACUAGGAAUGGUGCUUUUAAUCUCCAUAACAUGCAUCACUGGUCAGAUGAAAAUCCAAAAGUUGUUCACCGUACAAAUUUCCAACAUAGAUUUUCAUUGAACUUAUGGGCAGGAGUAAUUGGGCCUAUUGUACUUCCCCAUCGUCUUAAUUCAGAGGUGUAUCUGAACUUUCUUCAGAAUGAGCUCAUGGAUAUAAUACCAUUGGAUGUGCGCCAGCAGUUUCAAGGAAUUUUAUGUCUUAAUCUCAACACGUUUCGGAAAUAUUAAGGAAAAACCAUCUUCAGGGGAGCCUCUUUAAAAGACCGUAGCGCCCUUAGGGGACGUUUGUCGACCUAUGUUUAUAUAAACUUUUCUUCCUAUGUUAAGCUCUAGAAACCUGGUAGAAUAUUGCACACUUUUUUCGGGACACCCUGUAUAUUAACACCUUUAAUAAAAAUUAGUUCGUACGCACAUGGAACAAUCCCUCUCCACCCCUCUGCUCACCGCAGCUGCCAUAGGUAACAGCAAUGAGUCACUGCCAGGAAUUUCGUACUUUUGGUGUAGGUGGGCCUAGAACUUAUUAGAGAGUCACAAAUUCAGCUAAGAUUCUAGUUGUUGAAGUGGAUAGCAAAUUGAGGUUCAGAGAAUACAUUAUUUUUUCUUAUCGACGCCAUAUUAGAGUUUUUAAUUCUGAUUUCAAAAAUGUCAUACAUUGGCACUGCCAAACCUUGAAGAAAAUUGAAAUAAAGUUGAUGCUGGAGGACAAGAAACGAAACGUCAUAUUGGAAUUCUGGUUCAGAAAAAUUGGCAAUAUUCAUGUGCAAUUUAUUUUAAAAUCACACUACAAAUAGAGUCAGAACAAAUUAAAACGAUCUUG